CUAGGUUUAACUGUGUGUUUGAUUAAAAGUUUGAAACUGGGAAUAAAACUUUUAUUUCUCUGUAUGUUACAGGGUCAGUGUCUGGAAGCAGUGUGAAUGAUUUCCAUGGUGACGUCGUAGAUGACACUGAACAGUCAAGUGGUAUUACAAUCCAAAGUUUGCUCAAACAUAGGUGUAGAUAUUGUGGGAAGAUACAGACCUCUAACUGGGCCCUCAAGAUCCACGAGAGAAUGCAUACCGGAGAGAAACCUUUUAUAUGUCCAGUGUGUCACAAAGGUUUUACACACAAAAGUAACAUGACUAAACAUGCAGGUACUGUACAUAGGGAAAUGUACAUGCCAAAAUCUGGAUACAUUGAUUAUACAACUUUUGGAAGUCCAUCUGUAGAAUUUGAGUCAAGUUCACCACGGAAACAUCAGUGUAAUUUUUGCGGGAAAUGUUUACCCACGCCGGCAGCAUUACGUCUACAUGAGAGAAUACAUACCGGAGAAAAGCCGUUUAAAUUUCUUGUUUCAGAUGUGGGGAUGAUGUAUACACAGUCUGGUUUUGAAACAUCAUUGUCGUCACCUAUUGGCAGGAAGGCUAAACCAGUCAAUCCGAAAUUGUUGUGUAAAUACUGCGGUAAACCGAACCGUUGCCAGUCGGACCUUACGAUACAUGAGCGCAUUCACACUGGAGAGAAACCAUAUGCUUGUGGUGUGUGUGGAAAACGUUUUGCCCAUAAAAACUCUAUGAAAGGACACGCUAUUGUGCAUUUGAAACUGAAAGAUCAGCAUUGUGUCGGGAGUAUGGACAUGUCUACCUUUGGAGUAAAUGAAAGUAAUCAGUACAUAGGUCAGCAAGCAACCAGUAAUCAGCGUGUUAAUUUAGGAUAUGUUGACCAGCAAUCCGGGAAGAAAGGAAAAUACCCAUGUAGAUAUUGUGGCAAGUUGAUAAGGAACAAGUUUGACCUCGAGAUCCACGAGCGUUCUCAUACUGGCGAGAAACCCUUUGUGUGUCCUGUAUGUACUAUGUAUAUAUGGAAUCAGGCCCAAGCUGUAGCUGCAAACACUGGACAAGACACACUACAAAAUUAUCAACAACAACAGACGCAAGAACAACACUACUAUCAACAACAACAGCAUAGUCAACAACAACAAGUUACGCAGAAAACGAAUAAGAAAUACCCGUGUAAAUAUUGUGGGAAAUUUAUUCGAUCAAACGCUGAUCUUCUCAUACAUGAAAGAAGUCAUACAGGAGAAAAACCGUUUGUGUUUUCAGGUUCUAUUCCUAUAUGGAAUCAGCUACAAGCUUUACCUGCAAACACUGGACAAGACACACUACAACACUAUCAACAACAACAACAACAGACGCAAAAACAACAAUACUAUCACCAACAAGUUCCCCAGUUAAAAAAGACAAAAUACCCAUGUAAAUAUUGUGGGAAGUUUAUCCGGUCACAGGCUGAUCUUCUCAUACAUGAAAGAAGUCAUACAGGAGAAAAACCGUUUGUGUGUAAAGUUUGUAACAAAGGAUUCACAAACAAAAGUAACUUAAAAUCUCACAGUGUUACACACUUAAACAUAGUGUAGAGGAACACUCAGUACAUACUACUUAAACAUAUUGUAGAAGAACGUUUAGUACAUACUACUUAAACAUAUUGUAGAGGAACAUUUAGUACAUACUACUUAAACAUUUUGUAAAAGAAAAUUCAUUACAUACUACUUAAACAUGAUGACGAGGAAUAUUCAGUACAUACUACUUAAAUAUAUUGUAGAGGAGCAUUCAGUACAUACUUCUUAAAUAUAUUGUA